CGGACUGGUGUUCUUGCUUUGAAGAUUGGUGUUGUUCCUCAAUGGACUAUUGAUGGCAAGAAAUUUUAUUGCACUCUGCUUCAGGUUCUUGAUAAUCAUGUUAUUUCUUACAAAAGUCCCGAAGAAAGUUCUUCCAACAUGUUUAAGAAUGUUAACAUGACACUGGGGACAUUAGUAGUUGGAGCUCUAGGAACAGAAAAUCGUAAGUUUACAAAAGCGUAUUGUGGAUUGUUUAAAAAUGCCGGUGUUUUACCAAAAAGAAAAUUAUCCAAAUUUGCUGUUUCUCCUGAAUCUGCUCUGCAGCCUGGCACUCCUUUGAAUGCCUCACAUUUUAUGGUUGGAAAUUUCGUCGAUGCUCAGGCCAAAACUAUAGGCCAUGGAUUUCAAGGAGUUGUGAAAAGGUGGGGGUUUAAGGGUGGACCAGCCAGUCACGGAACCACGAAAUGGCACAGGAGACCUGGUAACAUUGGAGGAGGACGAGGGAAAGGUAAAGUUUUUAAGGGCAAAAAGAUGCCUGGUCAUAUGGGAAUGGAAUGGAGGACUACAAGAGGAUUGAAGAUUUGGAGAAUAAAUACAAAGUAUAACGUAAUCUACGUGCAUGGACAAGCUAUUCCUGGGCCGACAAAUUGUUACGUCAGAUUGUUUGACACAGUAGUUUCCAAGAAAAGAUCAUUGAUGCUUCAAAACCCACCGCCUGUACCAACAUGUCACAUUUCCAAAGCUGUAGAUGAUGAUAUUUAUGAUGAAAAUCUUUUCAAUUUU